AUGAAUCAUCUGAAGAACCUCACACUUCGUGGUCAGUAUCAUAAUGACUUCUAUUCAACAUCAUCGUCAAUGGCAUCAACUACGAAGAUUGAGCAUCUUGAUAUCGAGUACAUUGAUCUCAGUCAACGUCAGUCUGCAUCACGUGAUCUGGCUCAGUUCAUUUGUAACCUGCCUAAUCUCAGGGAACUUCGUCUCGGUGAUAAAGACGCCAGUCCCUCGCUUCAUGACAAGUUCUAUUCAACGUUAUCAUCCUUAGCAUCGUCUGCAAAGAUUGAGCGUCUUAAUAUCAAGUACAUUGAUCUCAGUCAACGUCAGUCUACAUCACGUGAUCUGGCUCAGUUCAUUUGUAAGAUGCCUCAUAUCAGGGAACUUCAUCUCGGGGAUAGAUAUGAAACCACCAGUCCCUCACUUCAUGAAGAGUUCUAUUCAACGUUAUCAUCCUUAGCAUCGUCUGCCAAGAUUGAGUGUCUUGACAUCAAUUACACUGAUCUCAGUCAACGUCGGUCUGCAUCGCGUGAUCUGGCUCAGUUCAUUUGUAAGAUGCCCCAUCUCAGGGAACUUUGUCUAGGUGAUGAAUACUACAGACCCACAUUUCAUGACGAGUUCUAUUCAACGUUAUCAUCCUUGGCAUCGUCUGCAAAGAUUGAGAUUCUUGAUCUCAGAGAGAUUCUCACUAAACGUCCAUCUGCAUCACGUGAUUUCGCUCAGUUCAUCUGUAAGAUGAAUCAUCUGAAAAACCUCACACUCAACUACGGUCAGUAUCAUGAUGACUUCUACUCAACAGCAUCGUCGAUGGCAUCAACUUCAAAGAUUGAGGUUCUUCAUCACUAUGAGAAUCUCAGUAAACGUCCGUCUGCAUCACGUGAUUUCGCUCAGUUCAUCUGUGAGAUGAAUCAUCUGAAUAACCUCACACUCUACGGUCAGUAUCAUGAUGACUUCUACUCAACAUCAUCAUCGAUGGCAUCAUCUGCAAAGAUUGAGAUUCUUCAUCACGAGAAUGAUCUCAGUGAACGUCCGUCUGCAUCACGUGAUCUCGCUCAGUUCAUCUGUAAGAUGAAUCAUCUGAAGAACCUCACACUCUACGAUGGGUAUCAUGAUGACUUCUACUCAACAUCAUCGUCGAUGGCAUCAACUACCAAGAUUGAGAUUCUUCAUCACAAUGAGAAUCUCAGUGAACGUCCGUCUGCAUCACGUGAUUUCGCUCAGUUCAUCUGUAAGAUGAAUCAUCUGAAGAACCUCACACUCUACGGUCAGUAUCAUGAUGACUUCUACUCAACAGCAUCGUCGAUGGCAUCAACUACAAAGGAUGACUGCAACACGAGCUCAACUGUGACUGAUCUGACUGUUACAGAUGAGACACUGAGAGGUUGGCAGGAUUGUGGUUCGAUGUUUGACAAUGUGAAGAGGAUCACCAUACAGGUACGGGGCACGAUCAGAUGUGACGUCAUCCAGAGGAUCCAUCUACCAGCAGCGACAGAGCUCACCAUUCAAACAUAUGAGCGUCAUUCGGCUUAUCUCCACGAUGAUCCCACUUCACUACCCAAUGCACUUCACAAAGUCUCAUCUCAGCUUGUCAAGGUCACAUUCACAGAUCUCAACAUCGGUAAUAGUGAGGUUAGAGACAUCAUUCAAGCUUUCAGAUCAUCGGACGACCUCAAACUUCUGAAGAUCGUAAGAUUCAUAAGAUGUGGGACUGAUGAGAGAUUAGAUCGUUCUCGUAUUGAUUCUGAUGAUGAUCAUAAGGUAGAGGUAGAGACAGAACAUGGCAUACCGUUUCAGGUAAGUCAUAAGACCUCGUUUUAUCAAACAAUUCCCCUUUUCAACAUAUCUAGUUCAAAUUUCUUAUACAGAGGAAUUAGCUAG